UGUUGUAUUGUUGCCCCUAUAAGAGACAGUCUAUCAGGGAACUCUUGUAGCAGUUAAUUGUUUCACUUCCUUUACAAAUAGAAUUCUGCCACAGUUAAUUGUCUCUUGACACGAUUUAAGUGACCCCAUUUUCAUGUGAUUGCCCCUUCAAAGGAAGAGGAUCCGUCCCGCAAUCAUAUUACACUGAAUUUCCACAAUCAGUAAAUUAACCCAAAAUAGAUGGCAGCCAAUACAUCAACGACACCAAGUUCAUCGGGAGGACAGGGACAACCACGGAUAGACAGACGGCUCCUGCAAGCAGCGACAUCUGGUGAUUCUGGGUCAAUGAAGGCCAUGGCUUCACAGGAUCCAAGCAUUCUGCUUGGAACACCUCCCUUGGGGAACACCGUCCUCCAUAUAUCCUCGGUUCAUGGUCACGAGGGAUUCUGCAAGGAUGUGCUGGAACUAGAGGAGUCUCUCCUCACGGCUGUUAACUCCGACAAGGAGACGCCACUUGUCGCCGCAGUGAGAAGCGGCCGUGUCUCCUUGGCUUCUGUCUUACUCAGCAGAUACUGCCGUUCACGGCAGCUGAGUGAUGCAAUCUUACGACAAGACAAGGAUGGUUGCAAUGCACUGCACCAUGCCAUUCGCAGCGGCCACAGGGAGCUUGCGAUGGAGUUGAUAGCAGCAGAGCCUGGUCUGUGCAAAGGUGUGGACAAGUAUGGCGAGUCACCUAUGUUCAUCGCUGCGAUGAGAGGUUUUGCACAUAUUUUCGAGAAACUGUUGAAUAUUCCAGAUUCUAGUCAUGCUGGACGGAAUGGUUUGCAUGCUGUGGUUGAAAAUGGGGAUAAAGACAGCGCUAUAAAAAUUAUGGGGAUACGACCUGAAAUGGCGAGAGCAGCUAACAUGAACAACAAUACACCAUUAAGAGUGGCUGUACUUUUUAACAAGCCUGACGUGCUACGAGUGCUGCUAGAACAUGAUUGUUCUUUAGGGUAUGAACUAACCAAAUCCGGUGCGCCCCUCCUUACUGCUGCCUCAUUUCGAGGUCACGUUGAUGUUGCUCGAGAGAUUCUUAGCAAUUGUCCAGACGCUCCUUAUUGCACAGUAGAUGGCAAGCAAUGGACAUGCCUUCAUACAGCUAUAUCUCACAAUCAUACCGAGUUUGUUGAAUUUAUUCUAGCGACACCUCAACUCCGGAAACUUGUUAACAUGCAAACCAGUAAAGGAGAAACCGCUCUACAUAUGGCAGUCCAAAAGUGUAAUCCUAAGACAGCUGCUGCUUUAUUGUCUCACGAGGAUAUAGACCCGACGGUUGUUGCCGACAAUAAUAGUCCAGCAGCUUGGUCAUUGGCGCAAACCACAAAUCAAGCCAAGACUUUAAACUGGUACAUACCAUAGAGAUCACAAUGGUGAGCCAACAUCAAGUCAACUUCAAGCAUUAGCUUUCCAAGAUCUAUAAAUGCUACAAAUACGAGGACAAUUUUAAUCUACUGUCAACAAAUAGUCAUGAGCCAGUUGAAGGAAGCUCUUCAAUACCAGGGCAGUCAGAGUCAGUUAAAAUCAUACCUGUUUCGAGCUCAGGAAGAUGAUCAACUGGCCAUAUAUUCGGCCAGCAGCAUGAUGGACACCUGCAGAUUAAAACACCAUUCAACGUCGUAAUAAAGCAAACAUGAAUCAAUAUUCAGUGUGCACAUGUAAUUUUUCAACUCAGGAGGCAGUUGGCAUGUGGUGCAUCUAAAAGAAAUAAUAGCAAGGAUUGUUGUCCUUUCACCGAGCAAAUAUAACAGCGAUUGCAAAGAUUAAAUGGCUUACAUGUUACUGUACAAACGAUAUGUGUAGUAUGAAUUUUAAUAUACAUCAUAGGUAGAGGUCUUGUUAAA